AUUUCUAGGUUAGAAAACAAACAUGAUUCAUGGUUAUCAGUACAGAUUUUACGGUUGUUUACGUUUAUUACUGUAACAAACUUCGAGACACAUAAGAUUUCUCAAGUUCAAUACAAGUGAAAUUUUGCCGAAAUAUUCGCGAAACAUGGCGACUACCGUAACAGACGUACAGCAACCCGAUACCAAAUGUCGACAAACGCAGGUUAGAAGAGAUUGGAGUUGACGCCGGAGGAAGCAAAGGCCUGGCACGCAUGCAUGAGAAGCUCGAGUGUCAUCAUGCCGGCGCUCAUUAGCGCAGCCGUGGGAUAUGGGGCGUGUAGUGUAACCCCAUUUCGCGCAUAUGCCAAAUAUGCCGCCUUAGUCGGCAGUGUGAUAGGCCUGAUCGGGGGUAGAAUAGCCAUUUCCGAAAUGUGCCUAGCGAGAGUCGCUUCCAUGCCGAACAGUACUCUCCGAGACAGAUUGAUAGAAGCGGGUUAUUAUGGAAAUAGAGAGAGACUGUAUCAAAAAUUUCAACCGCUGGAUGUGCAGACUGAAGUGCAAAGCCCAGCAGAACCGUCCACUGGAAUAGUGUUCAACGAUUAUCCAUCGAUGAACUCAUAUGAUACAUAUUCCAGUAUUAAUGACAGCAGUGACUUUCACAUUUCCGAAGAUGCGGAUCUGACUGAACCGCUAAAUCUGCAAAAAGGCGUCAGUUAUGACGAGUUGAGGCAUAAAAAUAGAGACGAGUUCUACAAGAAAAAUAAGCAGUGGCAUGCUCCAUCUAGACCAUCAAAAGAACCUCCGGUGGCGAGAGAGACGACCGAGCAAGCUCUCACAACCGACAACCCUUUACCGAUGCAGAAGAAAACUAAAUAUGGUGACGUGUGGGAUUGAAAUUUAAUCGUCAGAGUUUAAUUUGCUUAUCUCCGCGUAUAUUGCGGACAGCACAUGUAUAUAUGUAGAAAUAUGCGAAUGUGAUAAAGAAAAGUUUGAAUAUUGCUAAAUAUAUGAAUAAAAUGAAAGCAAUAUAAAUCACGUUCGCAAUAA